AUGUUCUUCAAAUCCUACCUCGCAUUCGCCACAAUUGUCGCUACCUCCACUCAAAUCUUCACCAACGCGCUUACCGUCUCCGAACGAUGCGGUAGCACCAUCGACGACGCCACAAAGGCACAAAUGGAAGCCGCCUUCCUCGCCCAUCGCGUUCCUCCUCCCCCAUCCACAGCAUCAUCCCUAUCCACCGCCCGCGCCAGGCCAAUCAACCUCUUCUGGCACGUCAUAUCAAGCGACGAGACACCCGAAGGCGGGAACAUCCCCGACUCGGCCAUCCAAACCCAAAUGGACGUCCUCAAUACCGCCUUCGAGGGAACAGGCAUGCAGUUCACCCUCGUCAAUGUAUCGAGGACUGUACACCCCACUUGGUUCGCUGGAGCGUUCCGCAGGAAUGAGUUGAACUAUGAGAUGAAGGCAACGUUGAGAAAGGGCGGGGCAGCGGAUUUGAACGUCUGGUCCACCGGAUUCACCGAACUUAGUGGAUUACUCGGAUACGCCACAUUCCCAGCCAACAUCACCACAGAGCCGGAGAACGACGGGGUAGCAAUCAAAUACACAACCCUACCCGGCGGGAACCAAGUUUACUUCAACCUCGGGCACACCCUCACCCACGAAGUCGGCCACUGGGCCGGCCUCUUCCACGUCUUCGAAGGUUUCUCCUGCGAAGGCGACGGCGAUUUCGUAGACGACACACCUCCCCAAUCCACCCCAACCGACGGCUGCCCGCUGAGCCCAUGGAAGAACUCGUGCGGACGAGGCGAACCAGGCGACCUACCCGAUUCCUACAGAAACUACAUGGACUACUCCUACGAUAGAUGCAUGUGUGAAUUCACCAACGGCCAAGUCGAACGAAUGCACGACCAACUCGGUACAUACCGCGGGAUCGAACUUCGGACUGGACGCCUCCUUGUUCCCCGGGCCACCAGCGACAGCAGCAGGCUCCAAGCGCGCCAGAUGGCUUCUCGUUGUGUUGAGGUGCUCCCUUGA